GGAACUAGAUGAUGAUGAAGUUGGUUAUGAUUCAGAUGAUGCAGAGACCUACAAAUUCAGUUACAAGAAGUAUAGAAAAUAAAACGUUAAAAAAUUUUGUUGUUUUAUUAUUGUAAUACCAGUACAUGAUACUAAACGAGUUUCAUUCGUGUUAUUACCAAAUACUGUACACUGCAAUGUUGUUGAUGUAAAAGACUUAUCAAAGAUCAGAGUGAUAAGAUCUCAGUUGUACUCUCAGUGUCAGAGACCAUGAAAGCUCUAAUACAAAAUGUUAAUAAAACUAAAGUAUCAGCGGGGGGAGCCUUCAUAUCUGUGAUGGGUCCAGGCCUUCUCGUGUUCUUGGGCCUGUACCAGAAUGAUACUGAAAGAGAUGCUGAUUACAUUGUCGAUACUGUCCUGAAUGCUCAGCUAUUUGAGGAGAUACGGAAUGACACACCCAAGGCUAAGCCAGUCAAAUGGGUGAGGAAUGUCAUGGAGAAAGGUUACGAGGUGACUUGUCUGGCUGAGAUAUCCUUGGUUAACACCCUCAAGGGUGGCACUCCUAGUUUUGGUGAUGCCAUGGAUGUUGAGAAGGGCCAUCGCUUGUAUCAAUAUGUCAUCAAUUCUUUGGGACACAAAUACCACGAAGAUAAAAUCAAACAGAGUAAAUUCCUUGGUCCUCAUUUAGUAGACGUCCACCUUACCAACGGGAUCACAGUUUAUCUGGAGACACCCAUUAACUAAUAUUUUUGUCUGGCCAUUGUUCACUGAAUAAUACAAUAUUUGUAGUAUUA